AGGCCCUUUUUCGGCUCUGUGGGAAUUUUGACCAAUAAGCGCCACACGUGGCCGUGCCCUUGGCCGUGGCCUUUUCCCGACCUUGCCGAUCAUGUCACGAGCACCCAGUUCUGCCUUUGUGACUCCCCUCAGCACUGGACCGUUGACACCUUUGAAACCUGCGUCAUGCAAGCAGCGGCGCGCGGACGGGGCCCUAAUCUGAAGGUGCUUUGGGCACCUCCGCGAUGACACCCUUGGCUUUGGCAAGCCUCGUUGCUGCGCGCAGGCAGACCCGCAAGAGUAACCAGAAGAGGGUCCACUUGUGUGCGGUGGCCGAGAAGGAGAAGACGGCCACCGAGAGGCCGGUGUACCCCUUCUCUGCCAUCGUGGGGCAAUCUGAGAUGAAGCUCUCGUUGAUCCUCAAUGUGAUCGAUCCAAAGAUCGGCGGCGUGAUGAUCAUGGGUGACCGCGGCACUGGGAAGACCACCACCAUCCGAGCCCUGGUGGAUCUCCUUCCAGAGAUUCCUUGCGUCUCUGACGACCCCUACAACUCCUCGCCCGAGGAGGAAGAAGUGAUGAGCCAAGAGGUCAGAGAUCGCAAGGCCUCAGGUGAGGACUUGCCUUUGAAGUACAAGAAGGUGCCGAUGAUCGACUUGCCUCUGGGCGCCACGGAGGACCGUGUUUGUGGCACCAUUGACAUUGAGAAGGCCCUCACCCAGGGCAAGAAGGCCUUUGAACCUGGUCUGUUGGCAAAGGCCAACCGUGGCAUCUUGUACGUGGAUGAGGUGAAUCUGUUGGACGACCACUUGGUGGACGUGCUGCUGGAUUCCGCAGCAGGUGGCUGGAACACUGUGGAGCGCGAGGGUAUCAGUAUUCGUCACCCGGCCAAGUUCAUCCUGGUGGGCAGCGGAAACCCUGAAGAGGGCGAGCUCCGUCCACAGCUCUUGGAUCGUUUCGGUAUGCACGCACUGAUUCGGACGGAGCGGGACCCGGAGCUCCGGGUGAAGAUCGUGGAGAGCACCCGGGACUUUGCGGAUGACCCCGUGGGCUUCAGAGAGAAGUAUGUGGAUGACAAUCAGGAGUUCGCAACGCAGAUUCUGGAGGCGCAGAUUGCGUCGGCGAAGGAUGUGAAGACCGACGGGGAGAUCGCGCGGAAGAUCUCCCAGGUCUGCAGCGAGCUGAACAUCGAUGGGCUCCGAGGAGAUAUCGUCACGAACCGUGCGGCGCGGGCCUAUUGCUCCUUCGACGGACGCACGGAGGUGACCGAGGAGGACGUCGGAAAGGUCAUCACGCUUUGCCUCCGCCACAGACUCCGAAAGGAUGUUCUGGACACGAUGGACGGCGGUGACAAGGUGGAGAAGGUCUUCCGUGCGGUCUUCGAGACCUAGAUCUUCUGAGCAAAAAAAUCUACCUCAGUUCUCUCCAGGGCUCGUGCCCCCCACUGCACUGUGACACUGGACGGUUGCAUUCGGAGGAAUGGAAGUCGUGUGGCCGGGCUUUUCUCCGGCCCCUUCGGAGAAAUCCAAC